AUGCUGCUCCGGCCCCGGCGGCCGCCGCCUCUGGCGCCCCCCGCGCCGCCGUCGCCGGCCAGCCCCGACCCCGAGCCGCGGCCGGCCGCGGACAUCCCGGGGACGCCGCCCGGACGGCCCGCCUCGCCGGACGCGCUGGGGGAGCUCGGGGCGCCCGUGUCUCCCGGCUCGGCCAAGCGCACGCCGUGGAACGCGCGGGAGACGGAGCUGCUCCUGGGGACGCUGCUGCAGCCGGCCGUGUGGCGCUCACUGCUGCUGGACCGCCGCCAGGCGCUGCCCACCUACCGCCGCGUGUCGGCCGCGCUUGCCCGGCAGCAGGUGAGGCGCACGCCCGCGCAGUGCCGCCGCCGCUACAAAUUCCUCAAGGACAAACUCCGCGACGCGCAGGGCCAGCCGCCCGGGCCCUUCGACGCACAGAUCCGCCAGCUCAUGGGGCUGCUGGGGGACAACGGGCGCAGGCGGGCCCGCCGCCGACCCCCCGGCCCCGGGCGCCCCCAGCGCGGCCGCCACGCGGCCCCCGCAGAACCCACGCCCGUGCAGGCCCUAGACGACCCAGGCGCCACGCCGCAGCCAUCCGCCCGCGACCCGGACGUAGAUCCCGCCUGGACGCUCAGGUUCAGCCCGGUCCCGCCGAAGUCCUCGGACGCCGCUCGCGCGGCCAACUCCCCGCUCGCACCAGACUCGCCGCCUGCGCGCGUCCCGACGGCCUUCGCCGCCUGCGCGCCCGAAACCGGCCGCGCCGAGGACCACGCGCCCCUGCCCGCACCCGAGUCUUCGCCGCCGGCUCCAGACCCCGGCCCGGAGGACCGGGGCUCGCCGCCCGCCAGCCCCCAGCCCCGCACGCCCCCGCGGGCCGCCGCCCCGUCGCUGAACGCCGCGCUGCUGCAGACCCUGGGGCACCUGGGCGACAUCGUGGCCAUCCUGGGCCCGCUGCGCGACCAGCUGCUGACGCUGAACCAGCACGUGGAGCAGCUGCGCGGCUCCUUCGACCAGACCGUGUCCCUGGCGGUGGGCUUCAUCCUGGGCAGUGCAGCCGCGGAGCGGGGCGUCCUGGGCGAGCCCCGCCAGUGA